AGCCGCUGGUUGGCCGGCCGAGGACGCGACUCUGUGCGCGUGAAGCGGGUUCUGUUGAAUCCAGCUCGCUCGCGCGCUGCGCUCAGGACGCUCUUUAUGAACAGCUGUUGAAUCACGCGCGGACAACCGGAUUAGAAAACCUAAGAAGCAAGAGGAGAAAGCUGUGACAUGGUUUGUUUAAUGCUGCUAUGAUGGAUUUGACUAAAAUGGGUGUGAUUCAUCUCCAAAACCCGGGGCACCCCACGACUCUGUUGCAGAAAGCUAACCAGAUGCGUCUUUCUGGGACAUUGUGCGAUGUGGUCAUUAUGGUCGACAGCCAGGAGUUCCAUGCCCACAGAACUGUCCUUGCGUGUGUCAGCAAAAUGUUUGAGAUCCUUUUCCACCGAAAUAGCCAACACUACACUCUGGAUUUCCUCUCACCAAAGACCUUCCAGCAGAUCCUGGAAUAUGCCUACACUGCCACACUCCAGGCUAAACUUGAAGAUUUAGACGACCUGCUAUAUGCUGCAGAGAUUCUGGAGAUUGAGUAUUUAGAGGAGCAGUGUCUGAAGAUCUUGGAGACCAUCCAGUCUUCUGAAGAGAAUGACAUGGACAUAAACACGAACGAGAAUGGCACAGAAGAUGAUGAUGAGCGUCGGAUGAAGUAUUUAAAGAGCACUUUGAUCUCCAAAAAGCAUUCCAUACAAGAGGGCAGCUACAGCUCUGCUGGCCGCCAUCGACUGGCCCUGGGCAAUAUGGUUGACAAAAAGCCAUUAAUGUCAGAGCCACUGGGCCUUAAUACUAUCAGCCCCACAAGAGCUGCUGUUGAAAGUCUGAUGAGCAUCGGCCAGUCUCUCUUUGCCGGGACUGUGCAACAUGGCAUCGGUUUCCCCCAAGAAAAUUCUUCUCCAUUGCUGGAAAAGAUUAAGACUGAAAUGAUGCAAGUGGAUGAGGAGGAUAGCCACGAGGGAAGCUCUUCCAGAAAUGGAGAUGGGAUAAGUGAGUCCAAACAGCACAGAGGCACGCCGGGAACCCCCACUAGAGGCACCGUCAUCACUAGUGCUCGGGAACUCCAUUCCACCGAUGGUGUUCCUGAAUCACAUGGAGAUGCCAGCCAAGUGGGACCAGCAAGCGUUGCCAGUCUAGCUGAGAGACAUCUUGCAGCAUUGUACAACCAUAAGAAUGAAAGCAUGUUGCCCAUAUCUGUAUCCAUGGCUUCAUCUCUGCACAUGCCGCCCACCAUUGCAAUGUCUGCAGACUUUGGCGCUUAUGGCGGGCUCUUCCACCAGAGCUUCAUUCAGCGGGAGUUCUUCAGCAAACUGAGCAAUUGCACAGCAGGGGCAAAGCACGAGGGCCAGCGGGAACGCUGCAGUGUGUGUGACAUAGAGCUGCUGGACAACGAGACGGCAGAGCAACACAGGAAACUGCAUAGUGACAUGAAAACCUUUGGCUGUGAGUUCUGCGGAAAACACUUUUUGGAUAGCUUACGGCUGAGGAUGCACAUGCUGUCACACUCAGAUGGACCAAAAGCGCUGGUGUGUGAUCAGUGUGGAGCUCAGUUCUCUAAAGAGGAUGCCUUGGAAACUCAUCGGAAGACACACACAGGCUCAGACAUGGCUGUGUUUUGUUUGCUGUGUGGAAAACGCUUCCAGACUCAGAAGGCUCUGCAGGGCCACAUGGAGGUCCAUGCUGGUGUACGUAGUUACAUUUGCAGUGACUGUGAUCGAACUUUUCCCAGCCACACGGCUCUCAAACGUCACCUCCGCUCCCACACAGGUGACCACCCAUAUGAGUGCGAGUUCUGUGGCAGCUGUUUUCGAGAUGAGAGCACUCUGAAGGGCCACAAACGCAUCCACACUGGAGAGAAACCGUAUGAAUGCAACAGCUGUGGCAAGAAGUUCAGCCUCAAACACCAGCUGGAGACACACUACCGCGUACACACAGGUGAGAAGCCAUUUGAGUGCAAGAUGUGCCACCAGCGCUCACGAGACUACUCAGCCAUGAUCAAACACCUACGCACCCACAAUGGAGCUUCACCCUACCAGUGUACCAUCUGCCAAGAGUAUUGCCCUAGCCUUUCGGCCAUGCAGAAGCACAUGAAAAGCCACAAGCCUGAGGAUGUUCCUCCAGACUGGAGGAUUGAGAAGACCUAUCUGUACCUAUGCUAUGUGUAAGACAGCCGAAGAAAGAAAAAAAGGAAAGAAGAAAACUGCUGGCUCAUUCACUCAUUUUGCUCCCAGCCUGGGCCAAAGAUGGAAAAGGAAAGUGAUCAAAGCUGUUGUGUAGAAUUACAUUUGUAUUUUCUUUUUAUUGCCAUUUCAUAUGCACAUGUUCAAAUUCAUCUCUAGGAACAGUACACUGUUCUUGCUUUGCUAAAUGGAAUGUAAUGACAUAAAAGUGGAAGAACCCAAUCAAACAAAUAUGAUAUUUCAUGAUAUUAUAGCCUAGAACACUUCUCAGUAACAAAAUCCAAAAUUCUACUUGUUAUACUUAAAGUAAAUCACAUACUUUUUGUAUUUACAGCAAAAUAUAAAACACUAAAUAUUUAUACAAACCUUAAAAAAAAAUUUGUUUAAUGUUUUUGAAAAAAAAAUAAUGUGGAAACCAGCUAAAUUAAAUCAAACUCUAAAUAAUCCAAAUUGAAUAAAAAAUUAUUUGUCAGAUGCCCUCAUGCAGAGUAAUUUACAGUUAUACAGAUGAGCAAAUGACCUUUUUCAAGAGCAUAGCAGUGGCAUCUUUGGGGUGCUGGGAUUUGAACCCAUGACCUUUCAAGUAGAAGUCCAACAUCUUAUCCACUGUGCUACCACUGAGCUUGGCUGUAUUCAGCAGUACAAGGCUGUCACACUGCUCAUGUUAAGAGUCAGAAGCACUUAUUAGUGACCAUUUGAUCAUAGACAAACUCAAAUUCUACUACAUUAUGGUCACAAAAUAUCGAGGAUGUUCAGGGAUGUGUUCAAAAAAUGACUACACUGUGCACUUUCACCACUGUGGUGAUGUCAUAACUAAAAUGUACAGCAUAGUCAUGACUUCAGACAGGGUUUGCUUUUUAUUAGCUGUCCAACAUUCUCCUACCAUUAGAAUUAGUGUAACAGGGUUAAUUGUAAAAUUUUUUAAAGUGCAUAUGUUGUUAUGUGAUAAAGUGGUACAGUAUCAGUGGAUAAAGACUCAUUUAGGACUGCACAGGUUAAGUUUUUUUUUUUGGACCAUACAUAAAUAUUUUGACUUCUGCAAUGACGUGUCAAUUUGAUAUUAAUUAUAGAGAAGGCUGAUUUAAAAAAAUGGGGUAAUUAAAACACAUAUAAAAUGUAAAAGAUCAAAGUAACCUAACUAGAGACUAAUAAAGAAUAUGCAGUAUUCAGCUCUACAGAUGUUACCUUCUCAUGGUUCAUUUCCUUUUUCCGUUUUUUUCUUUUCACUUGAAUUACUUGAUUGUCUUGAGUUGACCUUGAGUGCUCGAUUUAUUUUUAUAUUGUACCACAGCACUGGCGCAUGCACUGGUGAUUGUUCAGAAGAUGUUGAUGAAUUUUCUAGAACAGUAGCUUUGAGAGAUGUGUCAGCUGCAAGGCGAAUCACAGGUUUUUACUAAUUAGUUUGCGCUAAUGCACUAUUGUUUCUAUAGUAACUAUGAAUACAGCGACUCGUGUGGCAGAUUCUCUAUAUAUACCGACAAAAAAUGUUCUGUGGAAGGAGACUCCAGUGUCACAGCUUUGUAACAGUCAGAGCUAAGCUUUCCGAAAUGCUGCAGUUCUUGUCAAAGUAACUAACCAGUGAGAGAAAAGAAUUAGGGAGCAACUUUUCAUAAUAGCAUAUAAUUUGAUAACAGGGAAAGAAAAACGUCAUCACAGAGGUUCUACAGCAUUAACUGUGAGAACCUAGGAAUAAAAAGUAUGAUUCUUUAGUAAAUUUAAAUAUAAAUUGCUGUGAUAUAUGGGUAAAUAUAAUUUUUUUUUUUAAUUAUAAAAAAUUCAGGACAAGUUGUUUUUGGAAAAUAAUCAACAUUUAUUUUCCUAUAACCAGACAAUGGUUCAGUGAGCCAUAACAAAAUCAUAAUCACCUGCACUCAGUGAGAGCUGCACAAAGAUACUCUUUGCAUUAAUAUCAGGUUUAGCAUUGCGCAAAUGUAUGCUUUCAGCCCUCCGUGUGCUACCUCCUCAUAGCUCUUUAUUUUGCACAAAAGCACAUAUGAUUUGUGUUUAUAAAUUUGCAUAAUUUUAAAAAUAAUUUGUAGUUUUUCUUAAUUCUCAGAGAUUUUCAUUUACUUGACUGACAUUGUAUUUUACACUCCGUAUCUGAUUUACCAUUUGUAAAAAUGAACAGAACCGAAUCCUGAUCUUUUGUUUUCAAAGGAUUUUCUAAAAUGUUUGAGAGCUAUGGUUUAAGGGUAAAGCUUAAGAAUAGAAGUGUUGUCUUUUUCUGUGAAAGUGAUUGUACAUGCAGUGCUGCAACAUACAUAAAGUGGGUGUAAUGCUACUCAUGGGGGUGUGUGUGUGUGGGGGAUUUACAUGAGAAAGCAAAAAAAAAAAAAAACCCUCAACAAAACAGAAACAAGAGCCAAAUGUGGCACUUUGAUAAGAAAUUAAAAAAAUGUUGUAUUUUUGUAUUCUGUAAUGUGCAAAAUCUGUCCACUUGUUUAUAGUUGAGUAAGUCGAGUACUUUUACAGUAACUUUUGCAUUGUGUUCGUUUUUUGGUGAUACUUCUCGUGCCUCUUUUACACUGUUGACGAUGUUCAGUAGUAGGUGUUUGUAAAGCUUGUGCUGUGGUCACUGCUGCUGGGUGUCGGUUUUUCAUUAACGAUUAUCUGCCAAGACCUGCAGGCCUACUAGUAUCACAAAGCACAAAAUACCUAAUAGAAAAGGCAGAAAGGUGUUUUUUCCCUGUUUGCUUGCAUUGUGGUCACAGCAAAUUCACUGUGAGAUCCAAAACACAUUAUAUGCAGUUAUAUGCAGGUUUGCGUGCGUGUGCGCGUGUGCGUGUGUGCGUGUGUGCGUGUGUGUGUGGUCAAUGUGAGUCAACAGAAUUACUGUGGUCAACUUGUUCAUUGUGUAAAUGCUUACUUAUAAGGAAAGAAAACAAUCUUCCAUAAAUCCGCAAAAGAUUUCAUUUAAAUUUAGUUUUUGAACAAAUUCAAAACAAACUCAUUUUGUUGCUACAUAGAAAGCUGAUAAUGCAAGUGUCCAGAAAUUCUGAUGGAAAUGCACGACUUAAAUGUGGCGUUGGAAACAGGAACGCCAUUCAUCUCUUUUUUUACACAUCCAAAUCGUAAGCAUAAAACAAAUUGUGGCAAAGCAGUCAAUAUCAAUUGCUACUGAACAUUGUGUAAAUUUAGUUACUUUUGUCUGUAAUGAGCCUUUUCUCCUAGGCUUUUAGGCAAAGGGUAAUAAAAUACACUGUGAAAAAUAUUUGUCGGCCUAGACUUUACAGAAAACUUUAAUUUUACACAUGGUCUUAUGCAACAAAUGUGAGUAAUAUGUGAUCACAUGUGAAGGUACCUUGACCCUGUUAAAUGGUAUGUGAAAAAUAUGACAUAAUUAAAAUAAUGUGAUCACAUACAAGAUUAACAGCAAAGUUAAAUGAUUGUAGGAAUAAUCAAAUAUAAAAAAGAAUGAUGUGAAAAAAUACAUGUGGUGUAAAAUGUGUGAUAUGUAAAGCGUAUAUUAACAAGAAAUUUGUGUGGCUUUUCUGUAAUGAACAAACUUUGUUGUAGGGUUUGCAAUAAAUCCCUUAUUCACAGCACAGAAUUGACAAAGUGGCAUCCUUGUGUCACUGUGUUUUAUUUUGCCUCAACCUUGAAGCAGCCAUUUCCUUCAGUGCUCCCAUAUCUGUGCCAUUCACAUCAAAUUUGAUACAUAUUCAUAAAAUAUGAUAAAGCACUGAGAAUCCACAUUGGACCAAAUUAAAAAUCUUUUUUUUUCCAGAUAUACAUUAUUUUCUUGUAGUAGCAUUGUAAUUUUAUGUUCAAAUGAUUUACAUUGAUUGUCUGUUAGUUCGUUGUAUUGUCUACCUCAGCACCAGUUCUUUAUAUAACCGUAAAAGGUGCCCAAUUACAGCUGAUCUGUUUUGAUCUCGUUUUCACAAUUGUGCAUAUUUGUAUUUUUUUUUAUUUUAUUUUAGCAUUUGGAGGUUAUUUCUAUUUUGGAUUGUUUCUUCUCAGUAUUUUCAGCAUAAAGUUGAUUGUCUUUUUGAACUGUGUGAUGGCAGUGAUGCAGAUUGAGGUGUAUUCCUUUCUCCUCUCUGUGUGUGGGCUCAAGCACAGCUCUGUGUUAUUCUUAAUGUUGUCUGGGGUGUGGAAAAAUAAUAAAGAUCUAAAAGAGA